CUCAACAACAACCACCUGCUUUGGUAACCUAACUGGAAUGUCCUCCUUUUGGUUCAUUUUGAUCAAAUGUUAUGCCAAGUUAAGAUGAUAUGAUGAAAUUAUGUUUUUACCCCCCAAAAUGGCAUUGAGGCAAUCUGCUUCGAAAUGAGGUUACAUUGUUUCCUGUUUGUAACUGAAAAGCAGCAAGUUUUCAAAGCGCAGUGAAAGCAGAGAGGGAGCAGAGGCGGAGUAAAAAUAGACAGUGUAGUACACCUCACCGACGGAGCGCAGUGAUGCCCCAUACAAUGAGGAAAACUGAGACAACGAGACAACCAGCUUAGUUAAGGACAAUGGGACAAAUGGAAGUAGCCCUGACACUCGUGUCUCUGGCCUUGCUCAUCUCUGUGUGUCUGAAUAUCAUCUUCUGCUACAGACAAAGACACAUGUCAUGUAAAGAACCACAUAACUGCUGCCAACCACACGGUUCGGAAGAAGAAACCCUGUCACAAAUCGAAGGGCAACAUUUUGGUAACGUCAGACAUCAAGAGGAGCAGGAAAAUCCCCACAAUCAUCAUGAGCGACAGGAAAAUCCAAUCUAUGGCAACAUCAGCACAGAAAGACGUGGUUCUUCAGAGGUUUGCUACGAGACGAUGUCCAUGCAGCGCACUAGAGAUUGUCUUAAGCCUCCGGAGUCUGACCUGAAUUACGCCUCGCUGGAUCUGAAGAUCGCAAAGAAUCGCAAGAAAAACAGACACAUGCAAGGCCAGGCACAAGGACGCCACAAGAAACACGAUUCGCUGGCAGAGCACCCGACGUCUCCCUUGAACGCCUUCUUAGAGGUGGACACGGAAGUGGACGCUCACCUGCCAUCCAGAGACACCAGUGUCAUGGUCUCACACAGCAGCAUCUAUCUCAACAGUCAACAGAUAGCCCAGGAGGCAGAGGAGAUGGAAAGAGAGAGAGGCAUCAACAUGGACAAGGACAAUGUGGGAUGGGAUGGCUUACAGGAGAGCGAGGAAGGACGGAGAAGAGAUUGGGAUGAAGAUCAAGAAAGUGAGGACAGAAAAGACGAUUGCGAUAAUCGCAAUGGGAAUAUAUGUAUAGAGCUUUCAGAGGUAGAAAAUACUCAGAGCUGCUCAGAUCAAGUCACUGACAGCUUUGGCCAUGAUUGUGUCUAACUAUAUAUUUAAGUAUUAUAUUACUUUUCUCAAACUUUUCAACUUGUACUCUAGAAAAAUGUGAAACUAUUUUCAUAUUUUUAGAGCAAAAAACUAUCAUCUUCAGUUUUCUCCACGCUUCGCAGAGUUGAGCAAUUUCCUCCUUGACACAGACAAUCUACCUCUUAAAGUCUCCAUAUUGAGCAACAGGAACAUAACUAUGCUUUCUCUGUAAUAAACUACUUUAAAAAAAGAAAGAGGAAAUUCUGCGUGACAUUUAGAGGUCAAGAACCAUGUGGAAAGUGCAGAUUGUUGUGAAACGCAGGGAAAAGAUUGAAUCAUCACAGGACACAGAGGAACUUUCACUCCUUUGAUGUCUCUUAUUCGUCCAUCAGAAGAUGUCUCAUAAAAAAGUAUGAAGGCAGAAAAAAAAAAAAAAAGCAUUUCUGUUUUCCAUGGUGUGGGCGAUUGUAGUUUGAAUAACUGCACCUUCCUGUUCCACGGGCAAACCAACUUUUAAAUCAUUCUAAAAAAAUUAAGCUAACAGUAUAGAAAUUGGAAGCAAACACAUAAUGAUGACAAUAAAUAGCAGUUUGCUUUUUUAUCUUCCCCACGGGGAGAAUUGUCACACUGUUUAAACUGCAAAUGUCACCCACGGUGGAUUUUCCCUGUCAAAGCUGUGACAAAAGGUCAUUAUGUUUACAGUCUGAGCUAAUGCUCCAGCUGUUUAAAUGAAUGUCUUCCUCUCUGUGAUCCCCAAUUUGCGGAGUAAUUUACUGCCCUGGUGUCUACUGACAGCAAAAGCUCGAAGGUGAAAUCAGCACUCACACGCCUUUAAGCACAUUGUCUGUUGACAGUUUUUCAAAGCAUAAGAGCCUAUUUCACACUUACGAAUUAUAUGUGACCCCUAAGCAUUAUGGAUAGACAGAAAGCUACAAAGAAACGCAAUCACAAGUAAAAGUUCCCUUUUCAUAAAAGUCACCCUUUUGCGUGGAAAAUUUUGAUUCAAUGUCUUGUAAAGGGAUUCACAUCCUCUGAACUCCAAGAUAUUUUAUUCCAACUGCAAAUUUAAAUUCAUUUCUUAUUCAAGAUUGAUUUUAUAUGAUAAAGAUAAACCUGCAGAAACUAGCCCACAAUUGUGAAUCCAAACGUAUUCAUGGUUUUCAAAAUUUUAAGCAAAAAAUACUCUUAAGAUAUGUUCAGUAUUUGGAUUCACAACUCUUUACUCUGAUGCACUUUAACAAAACGUAAGCCAACCAACUGACUGCUUUCAAAACCAACAAAUAGAAUGUCUUACAUGUAAAAGUCAAUCGCAAAAUAAGUCUACGUGUUUUGUUUCUCAGAGGUUUGUGAGAAUAUUACCACAACGCAUCAGAAAGACCAAGAACCGCAGCGCACAGGUCCGAGAUAUACUAAUAGUUAGAGAGACGAGUAUGUCACAACUGCAAAUCUACCAGCACAUGUCGAA